UUUUUAUUAGUAAUUUCUGAACGAAUAACCUCAAAAUAAUAAAUAAAUAAUUCAAAACAAAUUGUAAUUACGAAUUAUUAACGUUUAAAUUUUAUUAUUUAUUACUGUCUAGAAUAUUAUUACAGAGACUCUAUCGACAUAAUUUUUUUGUCAAUAUGACACUACACAGGUGCAUAUUCAAAUUGUCAAAACAAUGUUUAUCUCAGCGUUAUAUUCUACAGUCAAAUAAAAGAUUAACAUAUUGUGAGUUGCGGCAUAAAUACAGCUCGGGUACAAGCAAGAAAUUUACAGAUCGCCAUGAGUGGGUUGUGGUCGACAAAGAUAUAGGAACUGUUGGUAUAAGUAAGUAUGCACAGGAAUCUCUUGGAGAUGUUGUAUUUGCCCAACUCCCUGAUCCAGGAACUAAUUUAAAAGCAGGAGAUGAGUGUGGUGCUCUUGAAAGUGUUAAAGCAGCCAGUGAAAUAUAUUCACCAGUUAGUGGAGAUGUUACUGAGAAAAAUAAGGAUGUUGAAAAGAAACCGGGCCUUAUAAACUCAUCAUGCUAUGAAAAAGGAUGGCUCUUUAAACUGAAACUUUCAAAGCCAGAAGAACUAAAUGAUCUGAUGAGUGAAGAACAAUAUGAUACAUUUUUGAAAACUGAUGUGGAGAAGGAACCUAAAUAAUAAAGAAACAAUUAAAUUAUAAUGGUACAAUAACGCUAUUGUUUAGUCUAGAAAUACAUGUUAUUUAAUGUUU